AUGCAACAACGUCGGGACGAGAUUCUCGCGAAGAAGGCGAAGCUCGCCGAGCUCAAGCGCCAGAGAGAGCUUCGCGCCACCCAGAAUGGACCAGUCGGCGAGAGCCGGCCUGGGUCUGUCACUACAGGUGGCGCUGCAUCGCCAGCGCAUCGAGGAAGCCGCCCCAACAGUGUCCUGAGUGCUGGAGAGACCAGCAACGGAGCCAUCUCGGAGUUCACGUCACCGCCCGGCAUCGAUAUCCCGGCCCAGACGGUGUAUAGCCAGCCACAGACCCUGAGCACGGUGCCCUUGACGACGAUAUACGAGUGCCCACCGUCACCAGUCAAAGAGAUAUUCUCCUACAGCAAGGGUGUGCAGACGUCGGAGGACCUGUUUCCGGCAGCGGCACGACCACGCGCCUUCUCGCUCGAAUCCUUGCCCGAGGAUGCGUCGUCGACACCCAAUAAGCGCAUGAGCAGGAGGGAGCGAGACAGGGAAGAAGAGCUCCGGCAAAAACUCCGGAAAGAAAUCGAAGAGGAGCUGCAAGCAGCGAAGGACCUGACGGCAGAGGGCGACGUGAAGAAAGCGGCCUUGCCGGACUCGAGUUUCGCUACCAGGACACUGACAAAUGACGAGCUCAAUGCGAUCGUCGCAUCAGACGAGUUUGUGGACUUUUUUGACCGAUCACUGAAGGUCAUCGAAAAGACUCUGGAUCAAUAUGACGUUUUGACAGAUUACACGCUAGGAGCGCAGGACAUCGAGGACGAGGACGAACAAGGCAACGUCGGGGGCAAAGGCCGCCGCAAGGUCAAGGAGAUACGGCAAUUUUAUGACGAGCGAUGGUCCAAGAAGCGCAUGGUCAGCGCCAUAGACUUCUCCCCAAAGUUCCAGGAACUCGUUCUGGCGUCUUACACAAAGAACCCCUCGGCACCGCACGAGCCCGACGGGGUUGUUCAAGUUUGGAACCUGAACCUGCACGAUCGACCCGAGUUUGUGUUCCACGCACAGUCCGACAUCCUCACCGCCAAAUUCUCACCUUUCCACCCCAACCUCAUCGUGGGAGGGGCAUACAGCGGACAGGUCCUGCUCUGGGACACGAGAGCUCGCUCUGCGCCUGUACAAAAGACACCGCUUACCGGCUAUGGACACACACAUCCCGUGUACGCUGUUGACAUAAUCGGCACACAAAAUGCCAACAACAUCAUAUCAUGCUCCACCGACGGCACGGUAUGUGGAUGGGCCGUUGACAUGCUGGCACAGCCUGCGGAGACUCUCAACCUGCAAGCUCCGCCACCCAACAAGACCGACUACAUCAGCCCUCUCUGCCUGUCCUUCCCACAGGCCGACCCUACCUUCUUCCUGGUCGGGACGGAGGAAGGCACCAUCUUCCCGUGCCACAGGUAUGACCGCGCUGGAGCCAAGGCUGGCGUUGAUCCACGGGUCAGCUACAAGGGCCACGCCGCGCCUGUCAUGUCCCUCGACUUCCACCCAGCCAGGGGCCCGGUUGACCUCGGCGACCUCGUCAUCUCUAGCAGUCUGGACUGGAGCGUAAAGCUUUGGAAGGUGCGGGCACCGGCCACGACAUCCGGCAUCGGUGGUGCUGGUGCUGGAGGCGAGGGUGCGGUUUCUCACCUGAUGGAUUUCGUCCGCGAGGAUGUGGUUUACGACGCCGCCUGGUCGCCCAUCAAGCCCGGCGUCUUCUCGCUCGUCGAUGGCGCGGGCUGGCUUGAGCUGUGGGACAUCACCGUAGAGACGGAGGAGCCGGUGGCGAGGAUCAGCCCCAGCUCGAGGAAGGACAGCCGGGCCAUGUUGUCCAAGAGCUUGAACAAGGUGAAGUGGGAACAGCAAGAGGGCAAACGGUUGGCCGUUGGCGGCAUUGAUGGCGCCUUGACGGUGUUUGAGGUCGGACCAGACUUGGGUGGCAAGGAGAACCUGAAGAAUGAGGAGUGGACCAACGUCAAGAAAUUGGUGAACAGGGUCGAGGCGGUUGGUGUGAACGGUGCGACGGAAAUGAACUCCUUCAGACGCGCCGCUUUGAGGGCCGCCGUUUCGGCGUCUCGCGCCCCGGCCAUCAAGGUCCAGAUGCUCGGAGUCGCGACACAGAUCUCUGCACCGAGAAUAGUCGUCCCUGCUGCUGUGCGCUGCUUCUCCCAGACCCUGCGCGUGGCCAACGAGGAGCCUGCCACCAACAUCGCCGAGGCUGAGAAGGCAGGUCCUAACGGAGAGGAGCCUGGUCAUGGGCUUUUCGUCCGGAACAUGGUGUUCGAGGCGAAUGAGGACCACCUGAGGGAAGCUUACGAGAAGUACGGCGAGGUCACCAAGGCUGUUAUUGCCCGAGAUGCUCGCGGUCUCAGCAGAGGGUAUGGCUUCGUAUGGUUCACCGAUAAGGAGGCUAUGGAGAAGGCCGUCGCCGGCACCAACUCGUCAUUCUGGCACGGACGUCGCAUCCAGGUCUCCCCCCGGACACCCAAGGCCAACAGGAGCGACCACGGCAUUGGACCAACCAAGUCCCUUUACGUCGGCAACAUCCCUUACGAGACGACCGACGCCGAGCUGAACCGCAUCUUCCGCGAGCUGGACAAUGUGACCGACGUCCGUGUCGCUGUUGACCGCACCACUGGUUGGCCCCGUGGUUUCGCCCACGCCGAUUUCGCCGACGUCGAGUCGUGCAAGGUGGCGAAGGACAAGCUGCAGGGUACUACUAUCGGUGGCCGGGAGCUGAGGCUCGACUUUGCUUCUGAGGUCGUCAAGUCCAACAACAGGCGAUAA